GUGCUCCUCAGGAGCCAGCCCCAGACUCAAGAAAGAUGUUUACUGUGAGGAUCACCUGCCUGGUGCUGAGCGUGGCCAGCACAGUAUGGACUACGGACACUGGCGAAGGUGACUUUAUAGAACAAGGAGGACAGGGGCGUGGCCCGAGAAUUAUGGAGAAACAGCAGUCUGCCUGCAAAGAGACAGACUGGCCCUUCUGCUCCGAUGAUGACUGGGGCCCAAAAUGCCCUUCUGGCUGCAGGAUGAAAGGGCUGAUUGAUGAGGCCAAUCAAGAUUUUACCAACAGAAUAAAUAAGCUCAAAAAUUCACUGUUUGAUUUUCAAAAGAACAACAAGGAUUCCAGUUCAUUGACCAGAAAUAUAAUGGAGCUUCUGAGAGGGGACCUUGCCAAAGCCAAUAAUUAUGAUAAUACAUAUAACCAAGUGUCAGAAGAUCUGAGAAGCAGAAUUGAGAUCCUGAAGAGCAAAGUCAUGGAGAAAGUACAGCACAUUCAGCUUCUACAGAACAACGUCAGGGCUCAGCUGAUAGAUAUGAAGCGCCUGGAGGUGGAAGUUGAUAUUAAAAUCCGAUCUUGCAAAGGGUCGUGCAGUAGGGCUUUGUCUAGAGAGCUCCGCCUGAGUGACUACGAGGACCAGCAGAGACAGCUGGAGCAGGUGAUGGCCAAAGACCUGCUUCCCCCGAGAGAGAGUCAGUACUUCCCGAUAAUAAAGAUGAGGCCCAUGCCAGACUUGGUUCCGGGCAGUUUCAAGAGCCAGCUGCAGACGGCCCCUCCGGAGUGGAAGGCCCUAACGGAGAUGCAGCAGAUGCGGAUGGAGCUGGAGGGCCCGGGGAGGGAGGGCGGCCCGGGGAGGGCGGGCAGCCCCCGGGGAGACGCCGUGGGCUACGUCGAGGACACGGGGCCGGUGACCGAAAGCCCCAGGCACCCGCGCCCCGGUGGAGCCGGACACUGGAGUUCGGGACCCGGAACGGAUGGAAGCCGGAACCCGGGGACGACCGGGGCUGGGGGUCCCGGACGCUGGCAGCAGCCGGGGGACACCGGUUCGAGCCCCAGCGGAAGCUGGAACACGGGCGGCGCCGGGAGCUUUCGGCCGGCCGGCUCCAGCCCGGACUGGGGUGAGUUCACGGAGGAGUCCGGAGGCCCGGCGACGAGGAAGGAGCAGCCCGCGGGCCGACUGCCGGCCACCAAAGCCGACAAGGAGCUGCUGAUCGGCCGCGAGAAGGGGGCGCCCUCCGCGGGGGGCCCGGCCUUCGCCCGCCGCGCCUGCUCCAAGACGGUCACCAAGACGGUGAUCGGGCCCGACGGCCGCAAGGAGGUGACCAAGGAGGUGGUGACCUCCGAGGACGGCUCGGACUGCGGCGGCGACGUGGCCGACCUGGGGCUGCAGGGCUUCGGCAGCCGGGGCAGCCUGGACGAGCUGGCCCGCCGGCACCCCGACGUGUCCUCCUUCUUCGGCACCGGCGCGCUUGAGCCCUUCUCCACCUUCAAGGAGCCCGGCGGGGGCGCGGACGGGGACAUCUUCGCCGACCUGGAGCACGGCGGCGGCGGCUCGCAGGCCGAGCCGUGGUCGGGCGGCACGGCCACCCACCGCAAGCUGGUGACCAGCAGCAGCAGCAGCAGCAGCACGAUCAGCAGAGGGGGCUCCGCCUCCGGGACCAAGAACUAUAAAAUGGCAGACGAGGCCGCCGGCGAAGAGGCUCGCUCCACCAAGAGAGGCCGGGCAAGGCCUCGCCCCGCCAGAGGUAUCCACCUUCCCUGACCCCCGCCCCUCUCCCCGAGUCUAAGGUAACUGUGUCCGCCACGUGCGGCCCGGGGCGCCCCGCACCCCCGGCCUCUUCUCUGUACCCCCGACGGCUCCUCCUGCGCACUCAAUAAACGCGCGCGCCACC